CGUAAGCAGUGGUCUCCCUGCUACACGUCACUCUUAAAUUUGACGUUUCAAAAAGAAAUUUAGUACUGCAUUCUGCACACCUGUACCUGGGAAAACGUCCCAAACCUGUUGCACAUUUUACCUCCUGCUCAAAUUAGUGAUAGAGGUGUACCAAAAUGUAUAGGUGCCGGGUUGCCGUGAUUUUACUGGCCUUCUCAGUGCACCUGAUCAAUGGACAACAGCAUCCGCCAGGAGUCAAUCCCCAGGUAUAUCAACAGCCAGGUGGACAGCAAAUGUCUCAGCAACAAGCUCAGCAAAUGGCCCUCCAACAGCAACAGCAGCAAUAUCAACAACAACAACUACAACAACAGCAGUUAGCAAUGCAACAGCAGCAACAACUUGCUAUGCAGCAGCAACAACAGCAACAACAGCAACAGCAACAGCAAGUGGGUGGACAGCCAAUUGGUAUGCAACAUCAGCAACCACCAGUUGCCCAUCACCAAGUAUCUGCUGCCCAGGGCCAUCCACCACCUCCACCAGCAGCUCAUGCUCAUCCUCAGCAAGGACAACAAGUUUUCAACGCCCAACACAUGGCAAACGAGAGAGACCACAUUGGUGAACAUGUUGGAAUGCCUGUAGACACCAGUAGAAUGUCAGAGCAAGAAUUGCAGUUCCACUACUUCAAGAUGCAUGAUGCUGACAACAACAACAAGUUAGAUGGUUGUGAGCUGGUCAAAUCUCUUAUUCACUGGCAUGACCAAGCAAAUCAUGAUCCUAAAGCCGGCACGCCAUUACCUGACCCCAAAAUUUUUACCGAUGCCGAGCUUUUAGCAAUGAUUGAUCCAAUUUUGGAUCAGGACGACAAGAAUAAGGAUGGCUUUAUUGAUUACCCAGAAUUUAUUCAAGCUCAGCAAGCCACGGGUUCUGUACAGUGAUGAGCUUUUCGUGGAAUUUCCGAUUCUCGUUCCCUCAUGUGUACCUCUUAAUGUCUUAACGUGACGAAAAUGUUUGACAGGUAGACUAUUUUUAAAAUAUUUGACGUGUUAAUGAUGAAAAGAUCUGGACUGUGUAUUUUUAGAUCGUAUAAGAUGUGUGCAGGUGCUGGUGAUUUUAUUGAAAGAGCAUAAUUGAAAUAGACUAACGACGAUGUGUUUUA